UAUUUUAUUGCUUGUAUGUUUACAUUGGGUGUUGCGCUUGUGGCUCUCUACUAGGAUCACCGUCAAUUCAGCUGCUGCCAAUGAAUUGGUACUCGAUAAACACCGGUCAAAGCUUCAAUUUUCAGUCUCCUGCUUAAUGGCACCGAAUAGACGGUAAUUAUGGGACCUCCUUUGGUACCUUAGUAGAUGACUGUACGGAUAAUUAUGCUUUUAACAGUUGAAUAUCGCACGCCUUCCUCCCUUGAAGCUUUAAAGACUGAAUGGGUCAAAUAAGCCAUGUUCACUCUCCGUGCGCGCUUCCAAGUUUUGACUCAUAACCUCGUAUUUAGGGGGGCAGUGACGAGGGGCGGUUCAUCCCUUAUGCUUUUAAGAGCUUCCAUCAACGAAUCCAACUUCUCCCCGUAACACUUUUUUAGGGAAGCCCUCACACAAUCACAAUGGAGAUGAACACUGCCAACAGCAACAUAGUAGAGUUGGAAGGUGACCUCUUCGACGCCCCUGAUGGGGCCGCCUUGAUCCAUGCUUGCAAUUGCCUUGGAUCUUGGGGCGGUGGCAUAGCCUUGGCUUUUCGAAAGAAGUACCCUGCCGCGUUUGAAGUAUAUCAAUCACACUGCCACACUUACCGCGAUAACCCAAAAUAUCUCGAUACCACCAAAGCUGCUAUUAGCUUGGGCCCGAUAACCCGCAGUGUCCGGCUACCAGAGGGCUCUGCCUUAAUAAUCCCACCCCAGAGGAAGGAUUACGAAAGGCGCCAGGGAAAGAAACACUGGAUAAUAUGCCUAUUCACGUCGCGAGCGUAUGGACGCAACGUGAGCAGUCCUGAUGUGAUCCUGCAGAAUACCGAGCUGGCUCUUGCAGAUCUCAAGGAACAGCUCAACCUAUUGCGGUCCAAGGAGUUUGGGCCGGAGGAAGUGGGAAUCUUGGAGCUUCGCUCGUGUCGGUUCAACUCUGGGCUAUUUGGCGUGGAGUGGAAGCACACGAGGGAGUUAUUGCAUAAGUUGGGGCACGAAGUUACUGUUGUUCGCCCGCCUGGCGAGUGAAGAAAAGUAGUUUUGUUGCCGUUUGCUCGAUUUCAAGCGUUGAUACUGUGUAUGCAUCGACAAGCACGUAAAAGUACAUGGAUACAAGUUUAAUGAAUUUACUAGGGCCG